UAUCCACCACAGCAUUAACACAGCGAAAGAAACCCGCGAUAUGAAACGCUCGAUCUGUAGCGUCAUGGCAGACCCAGCCGGUUUCUAUCCAUCGCGGGAGCAGUCUUCCAGCUGCCGGCCCACUCCGCCUCCCCCCUACGCACCAGUUACGACAUUCCAUCUUGAACUGAGGAUCUGUAGCUCCACGUUAUGGACCAGCCCUUCUCCUUGGAGCUCCGGCCUCAUCUCUUGGUUCCGGGGUAAUUCUUAUUGCCCAACAUCAUGA